AUGUCGGAGGAGCAAAAAGAAGCAAUGGAAAGAUUGAAGAAGAGCCAACCACGAUUACCCAUUUCAAAAGUCAGGAAGAUUGCACGUAGCGAUCCAGAGUAUAUUGUUACUGCUGGAAACGCUUUUACAGCUGCUGCGUUCGCUACAGAGCUAUUCGUGCAGUCGAUGACCGAAGAAAUGAUUCAACUGGCAUACUUGUCAGGGAAGACUGCCACUUCAAAGAGUAUAAGACUCAGUUACAAGAAUCUAUCCGAUUGUGUGGCUCGUAAGGAGAAUUAUUCUUUCCUAGAGGAUGUUGUGCCACAGACUAAGAACCUUAGAACGCUGGUGAAGGAAAAUAAAGUGAGAUACACAACUAGAAUCGAGGGACAACAGACACUGCCGUUCGAGGAGAAGCAUGAAGAGCCAGAUUUAGACCCUGAAGAUGAAGAAGAUCUUGAAGAGGACGAAGAGCACCAGGACCCAGAGGUUGAAGAGCAAUUGAGAGAAAUAGAGGAGCUGAACCGAGUACCAGAUCUUCCGGAUGAUGACAGACGCUCAGAGAGCGAGAGAUCUGACCAAGAAGACGAUAACGGUGGUGUAGAGGGCUGA